AUGUCGGCGGCGUGGUCUUCGCUGGGCAGCCCCCUCCAGCCCUCGCCCGACCACGACGCCAUCCUGGAGGGCUCGCUGCCGCUCUCGCCGCGGGCUGCGGCCGCGCGCCAGGGCGUCCUGGCCGAUCCCAUUUUCCCAGCCCUCAAGAACGAUGCUUACAGCGCGCAUAUGGAGUCGCCUGAGGAGAUGCAGCGCAACGACCCGCUGGGCACCCAGAUCUGGAAGCUGUACAGCAAGACCAGGACGCAGCUCCCCAAUGCGGAGCGCAUGGAGAACUUGACAUGGCGGAUGAUGGCCAUGAGCAUGCGGCGUGCCGAGCACGAGCGCAAUCGAGGGUACGAAUGCCGCCAUCGCGAACAGAUGAGACCCGCGCCAAUGGCAGCACCUCCCCGCCCGAUGCUGAAUACAGCCCCGAGCGGCAUUGCGCAACAGCUGCGGCGCUCGGUCGACCAGCAGGCGCACGCCCCGCCGCCCCCCGACCCAAAUGCCAUGAACCUCGACGACUUCAUCCAGCCGUCGUCGGUGGGAUCCCCUGCGGGCCUGCCGCCGUCGCCGUCGCCCUCGCAGGACAUGCGCGCCUCCGCCGCUACCCCCCAAACAGCCAUUCCAAUCCGGAAAGCCCACCAGCACCACGAGCAGGACCUCUCGCUCGCCCAUGCGUCCGCGCCGUCGGUGCCGCCUGCCCUCCACCGUGACCGCGACACAGAAUUUGGCUAUGUGCAGCGCCGAGUGCGCAAGACGUCGAUUGACGAGCGACGACCGCCCAAGCGACGAGCAGAAGCUUCUCCCCAGGUGCCUCCCGUCAACAGUACCAUGAUUCCGAGCAAUCCGGACGAAGAAGCUGCCCUCCACCACUACUCGCUCGACCAGUCGUCGCUGCAGCCGCCCUCAUUCAGUACCCCGCAGCCCCAUGUGCCCUUCAACAUCGACACCUCCAACUUCCACAUGUCCGAGGACCCCAUCAUAAGCUCCGCAGGCCCCUUUCAGCAGCAGUUCGGCUUCUCGCCCGUGGGGUCGCCGCUCAUGUCUCAGAAUGCCUCGUACUCCAACCUCUUCAACGGCACCUCCAUGGCGUCCUCGCUCAACUCCACCGACUACUAUUCUCCACCCAGCUCCGCCUUCCACUCCACGGUAUCGACGCCGCAGCCCCUCCAAGACGAGGGCCAGAUGUACUUCGACCGUAACGGCAUGGACAUCCGCGGCAACAAUGCUGGCCACAGCUUUGGACCCCACCGGCCGUCCCAGCUCUCCAACUCGAUGCAGCCUCAGUACAUUUUCAACCCAAGUAGCAUGGGCGACUCCAUGUUCAGUGCCAUUACAAGCGCCCCCUCCUCUGCGCCAUACUCGGCAUCUUCGUUUGACCAAUCCAGCCACGUCGAUCCCACCCAAGUCCUACACAACACCCUCCCCUAUCGACAAGAGCACAUGCCGUAUUCGCGGAACGAGAACAUGUUCACUUUUGGCGCAGAUUCAGACAACGAGGACGACGAGGGUGCCUUCGCAGACCGAACGAUACCAAACCAAGCAGACUAUUCAUCACCCAUGGAAGAGGGCUCAGUCGACUUCAAUGCUGGCUUUCAAUGGGAGACUGAUCUGUCCAACCAGUUUAACCCUAUACCCGCUCGCUUCCCUGCAGGUCCGCCACGGAAGACCGUGACUAUCGGUCCAACGGAGAUGAUGCCGUCGCCACAGGAUCACUGGGGUGCCAGCAGCAGCUUGGGUCGCACCCAUGGCUCAGCAGCGUCCGUCAGCGAGAUUCGAAACCGCGGAAACGAUCCUCGGCGUCAGAAGAUACCCCGCACAAGCUCGACACCUAAUGCCGCCGCUUUGGCUCUUCAGGGAAUGCAUGGCCAUUCACAGUCAUCGCCCCACACUCCGCCAGAGUCUGGCCUGAGCUCUGCAGCACCCUCGCGGCCAGCCAGUCCCGGGGGCACCAAGCAGGGUGAACAAGGCAGCGCCCCGACAACGUGCACCAACUGCUUCACCCAAACAACGCCGCUCUGGCGGCGUAAUCCUGAAGGCCAUCCUCUUUGUAAUGCAUGUGGAUUGUUUCUCAAGUUACAUGGGGUUGUGCGACCUCUAUCACUCAAGACGGAUGUGAUCAAGAAGCGCAACCGUGGCAGCGGGACGGCCCCUGUGGCAGGGUCUUCGUCGCGAGCGUCUAAAAAAUCAUCGCGGAAAAAUUCCCUUGCGCAGACUCCUGUGUCAACGCCAACGUCCGUCAAAGGCACAGAUUCAGAAUCACCAAAAUCGACUGGCUCAGCUGGGCACGGAGGUUUAGGAAACAGUGUAAACAUGGCCGUCUCGCCCGCGAAGCCUGGCGGUGUGGUUCCCAUUGCUCCCGGCCCUCCCAAAUUACCUCCGAACAGCUUAUCCAGCGCAACGCAGGGGCGUGGCGCUAACGUGGCUCCGAAGCGAGCUCGAGGUCAGAGCAAGAGUGGCUCGCAGGAGUUUGAAAUGGCAGAUGCAGACGACACAAGUGGAAAGGCACCCUCCGGUGUUCGGAAAAAGGAGUCUGUGGUUACUCCGCACAUGAUACCAAACCAGAAUCUCGGCAGUCUCCCCAUGGGCGCCAUGGGACAAGGCCUUUCGUCGGCUUCCGGGCCCCAGGAAUGGGAGUGGCUCACUAUGUCUCUCUGA